CACGAUAUCCAAUGACCCUCAACAAGCAAGAUGGCGGCCUCCGUGAUACGAGGAUCGGCAUUCCUUGUAAAAUCUAUGAAAUGUCUACGAACUCCAUGUCAUUUGCCUUUCUCUGUUCCAAUGCGACGUAUAAGAUAUUUCAUUGCUCUUCCUGAAACUCCAAACGACACACCGGAGUCAAACCCUUUAUUGAGAACUGAGGAUGUCCCACACUUUUACGCGAUCUCACCAAAACAAGUGGUCCGAGGAUGUGCGAAAUUGAGCCUUGAUUUUGAAAGAAAAGUGGACACACAUUUCUCUUCAUUUGAAGAAGAUCCAAGCAAGCCAAGAACAUUUGAAAAUUUAGUGGCACCAGUGGAUGCUCUCCAUGCUCCGUUACAAACUGCGAUGAACAAUACACAGAUACUGACAUGGUUAAGGAACAUACAGCCCUAUAUAGACGCCAAGGCCAGGGCUGACACCCAGGUACAUAAAGCCCUACACGCGAUCUAUACAUCGGAGGCUUAUGUACUUUUGAAGGACCUAUAUAAGCAUAAAGAGUCUAUGACAGAUGAAGAGAUCACUCUCUUAGAGAAGAUGCUGUACAACUGUCAGAAAGCAGGCUUGGAGCUAACCGGCAAAACGCAGGAUAACUGGGACUUUACUAUGACGAGGAUAGAUGAAUGCGUUGGGGAUUUUGGAAAACGAGCAAUUGCAUGUAAAAGACUGUUCAGUCACACGAUCACGGACAGGAAGCUCAUGAAAAGACUUCCGGAGGAGUUGAUUUAUAACAUGUCACUGAACCCGAGAAAUCCCAUGGCCGGUCCCUGGAAGGUCACCCUGGAGGAUACUUUGUAUCACACGUUUCUUAAGUACUGUCCCGACGCUGAGGAGAGACACAACAUUUGGUACGCCUACAACAAUGUGUCCUCUACAGACUUUGUAUCUCAGUACAUGGACACACACAGACUCAUAGACGACAUUGUCAGAUUUAGAAAACAUGCCGCAGAAGAUCUUGGCUAUGAAAAUCAUGCUCAGUCUGUGAUGGAGCCAACUAUGGCCGGUUCUGUGGCUGUCGUUUUAAAUAUGGUGGAAGAACUGAGAAAUAGCUACCUUCCACAAGCUGAAGCUGAAAUUGAUGCUCUUCAAGAAUUUGCAGAGAACGAUGGAUUUGAGGAUGAAUUGAAAUUGAGUGAUAUUCCUUACUAUCGACAGAUGCAGCGGGAGACUUUGUUCAAUGAAGAAGAAGUCUCGCAGUAUUUUAUGUACAAAGAUGUUGUCGAGGGGGCAAUGGAACUGGCUUCCCAGAUGUUCGGUAUCAAAUUUAAGUAUUCUGAAAAACGUUUCCCUGACGAAAUAUAUACUUUUGAUGCAUUCGAUGAAGAAGGUAAACUUAUUGGUCAAUAUAUACUUGACCCUUACAGACGGGAAGAUAAAUAUCCAGAUAGUUGGAUAUUUCCGGCAAAAGCAAGAUGUGAAAAUCCGGUGUUAUCGCCGUACAGCUACCAUUCACUGAAUCUUGAUCGUGCGGAUCCAUGUCUGUCCUGGAUCGAUCUUGGCUCAUUUUACCAAGAGUUUGGGCUGUUCUUGCAACUUUGCUUGACUAAGACGAAAUACUUCACGCUGUCGAAUGACGGCACAGAGCGAGAUAUUCGAGCUGUGCUUGGUUAUCUCCUCCUGCAGUUCACCAUGGAUCCUGAUUACCUACAGAAGAUCAGCAAACAUGUAAAGACGGGAGAAAAAAUCCCAAUGCCAGUAAUCCAAACAUUAUUACAAGCCAAUCAACACAUGGCAGGCUGGGACCUGUGUCAUAGACUUUUUAAGAUUGCAUAUGACUUCGAGAUAAAUUUAUCUCAUGAAAACUGGUACAGUACGCUGGAGAAGAUCUGGCCCAUCUACAUGCCCAUUCCUCUGGAUAUGGACGACAAUCAUCCAUGUGGUGACCUGAAUCAGUUCAGCAAUGAAGGGGCAACCAGCACCUAUCACAUGACGUGGUCAGAGAUGGUGGCUUGUGAUAUUUUAGAGGCUUUUAAAGAUGCUGGUAGCUUAACUGAUCCCAAUGUACUGCAAGAAGUAGGACCAAGGUUACGCGACAGCUUUUUCCAUCCACUUGGUACAGUAAAAGCGAAAGAGUUAUUCCGACGAUUUCGAGGCCGGGACCCGUCCACGGAACCAUUCAAGGCUCAUAACAAGAUAAUUAACUGAAACUGUGAUUUGUGCAUUUGUUUCUUGAGAGGUAGAUUUAAGUGCUUACAAACUUAAUAGAGAUGGAUUGACCUGUGAUCUCGGGACUGGUCAGUUGGUCAUUGCACUGGACAAUGGUCAAUGGACUGACCAAUUGAUCCGUAGACAAGGAACGUGGUUGAUUGAUCAAUUCGUCAGAAUGGACAGUGGACAAUGGUUUCCCAUUCUGAUGGAGUUUGAUUGGCAGACAAAUGUGAUGAAAAGACAUUUGAUCGAUUGACAGACGAAUGUGAUGAAAAGACAUUGGAAUUAAUUCUUGGACGAUAUCUGAAGACUGUGUGUGUAUUGUGUAUGUAUGUGAUAUACAAGUGUGUAGCUUUCAAGACAGUCAUAGAUAAAAGUCAAUUAUGUUCAUUGAAACUAAGAUACAAAUUACAUUUAUAUAUAUUGCAUCUGAACGAUUGAAGCCAAAUGACACAGCUGUGUGUUCCAUUCACUAUUAGUGUAAACCUGCAUUAACAUACCAGUCACAUACCCAUUCUAUUUUACCAAUCAUAAGGCCAGGACACAUCUGGUCCCGUAUUCAUAAAACUGUUCUCAUACUCAAGUAUGGAUUUUGUGCUCAAACCAAUUUUCAUGUAACUUAAAUCAUGUCGAACCAUUUAAAAAAGUCAAAGGUGAACAUUGAAAACAGUAUUCGAUUGAGUCUCUUCAAAUUUUUCCGAAUCAAUGUCAAAAAAAGAUUCUAUUAUAACUUUAUAACUGAAACAAGAAAUUAUGUUUUAGUACAAAAUCCAUGCUUCAGCAAGAGAACAGUUGCAUGAAUACGGGCCCUGGUCCCUUACAAAGGGUUUCAUGCAAAAGGAGCACUGAUCUUAUCCCUGUACUUGAUUCUUAAAACACAAGUAGAGGUGUGAAGUAAAACAUGUUUACAAACUACAGACGAUUUUGUUAUGUAGUUUGCUGAUAACAAGUCAAGGAACAAAAUAUAACUUUGAUAGUAUAAAGAAUCUGCUGGUAGGUGGUACACAUGCUUGUUGUAACCGUAUUUUACUGCAGGUGAUUCUUCUAUAAAAAUCUGUUUAACAAGGGGUGGGCUCAUUGUGGAGCAUGGGCUUAUUGGUAAAAUACAGUAUAUUGGUAUGUGUUCUACUGUGUCAAUGCACGUGCAUGGUUUACUGAAUAUGGACCGAGAGACUUAACUCAUUCACCCCUGAAAUUUCAUAAUGAACUAUUCCAACCUUUGAAUUGGAAGAGUUCAAAUGUGUCUUUAAGGGCUGGUUGGAGUUAUUUAUUAGUUUUGAUGAGUAUGACUGAUCAGCUGGGAAAAUAUUCUAUUUUCUAGAACAUUGAUUUGAUAAUGUGUUGAGUACAUGUAUAAUAAAUGAAUCAUGAAAAUUCAAUUCUCAAUUUGACGUAAAUUCAAAUGGUUGAAUCAGGUAUUUGUUAUUUAGAUAAACCUGUAUAUAUGCUUUUGAAUGUGUAUAUUUCUAGAAGACGAUCCUACUGUGUUAUUUAAAAAAAUUCUCCUAAGAUGAAAUACAUCAACAUACGUUGUC